CACGCGACUGUUUUGGUAGGAUGGCUUCUCCUGAAAGUGACAGCAGUCAGAGACCGCUGCAGAACGCCAUGAGACUUGUAAAAGUGGCCAUUCAGCUGGAUACCGGCAACAGACACAAGGAGGCCUACUGUGAAUACUUGAGAAGUAUCAGCUACAUCUCUCAUGCUUUGCUUGAAGAUGCCACAUCUAAACAGAUGGAGUCGGUUGAAUUGGAGAAAAUGGUGAAACUAGUCGAGCAAUGUUUAGAGAGGAUUAAAUCAUGCAUCAUAAGAAAGCAAGAGUCCCCAACAUCUGUCCUCUCCUCCACUCCUCUGUCCGCUUCCCAGCAGACCACCAUUCCAGCUAUUAAUGUGACAGCUCGUCCCAAAAUAACAGAAACACCUAAUGCAGCUGCAUUGGUUUCUGAGACCCAAAGAAGAGAGCAGCCCACCAGACAUCGCAGAGUCCUCUCUGAGGGAGGGGAGACCAACUCCCCCUUCCUGCCCCCUGAAGUCUUCCAGAAGCUUCAGUCAGUGGAAUCACAAGACAACCGAAAGGAAUUAACGCCUAUUGAAGAAGCAUCACGUCUCAACCAGAAACUUAAGGCUAAUUAUGAGGCUCGGCUGGCAAGACUUACCCCUGGUCAAGCCACACAGAAAACCUCACUGACCCUCUCACUCCAGAGGCAGAUGAUGGAGAAUCUGAUAAUAGCCAGAGCCAGGCAAGAUGCACUUCAAAGAAAAAUGGAAGAAAGGAGACUCCGGUUGCAGGAAGAAGCCAACAGGAGGUUUGUGACCUGUGGGACCAUGACAGCUGAGGAACAAGAGCAGCGGGUUCUGUAUGCAAGUGUACUUGAAUAUGAGCAAGAUCAUGAAUGGCCAAAAAUUUGGAAAAUGAAUCUGAAAAAGAAUCCAAAUGAUCCAACACUGGUUUCAGGUCUUCUCUCAUGUCUUCUCAGCUACCCAGACCACCCAGUCAUGAAGUUGCUGAAGAGGCUUCAGUAUCGGGUGUAUAACAGACUCUAUCCUAUAGUGAGCCAGUGUGUUCCUCUGAGCACAGCGCCUGGUCACUCACUACUACCCUUAAAGCCUUCCUGCAGUGCCCAAAGCUUGUUCCUGUCAGACAGUCCUAUCUCUCCACAGCAGCAGCAGAGCCCGCUCAAAUCUUCUAUGACACACAGCUUAUCUGACGCCUCCAUCUCUUUUUCCCCAUCCCACGACCUCAAUGCCAACAACACAAUGUCUGAGAUAGACCCGGACGAGUCCUCAUCUCUGGUCUCUACAGAUAGGGAGAACUCUUUUGAGGAUCUAGAGAAGUUUCUUACUCAGCUGGACUGGGUUCCUUCUCACUGCGGUGAUGAUACAGACUCUGACGUGACCUUUGACACAACACACAUAGACCUAGAGUCUCAUGUUCAUCAUCUUGAGGAUCGUGCUUUAAAGGGACAUUUGAAGGCCAUUAUCAAAGACAUCCACAUUGCUAUUGAUCGCCUGCUGUCUCUGUGUCUUCUGUCCUUUGAAUGUCUCAACACUGCAAUUUCUAAGGACCAAUGCGUGGCAAGUAUAGAGGAAGUCUUCUUCACCCCUAUUUGGUGCCCUCUGUCUGCACUUUUUAGGAAGGUAUAUCGAGAACGGGAGCUGGCUGUUGAGAGCCGCAUGCGUCUUCAUCAUAAUGUUUCACCUGGUGAUGUUGGUGUACCAUCCAAACUGUUCCCCAGAGACCCAGCUGUGCUGCACGGUUCCUACCCUUACGAGUCAGCGGUGCAGGAGCUGAAGCUUCUGUGUAGAGACUAUUGUCCUCAGAAGAAACUGGAGUGUAUAGUGAGAACUCUACGAAUCAUCUGUGGCUGUGCUGAAGAGUACUGCCUAAUGCAAGAAAAUGAUGCUUCACCCAAAUCAGCAGCAAUAGGUGCUGAUGACCUGUUGCCCAUCUUGGCGUUCGUGGCUUUACGCAGUGCAAUGCCUCAGCUGGUGUCUGAAUGUGCUGCGUUGGAAGAAUUCAUUCACGAGGGGUAUCUGAUCGGAGAGGAAGGGUACUGCCUGACGUCACUGCAGAGCACGCUGACCUACAUUGAGUCAUUGCCCUUGGGUGGUGCUCCGCCCCUGACUGACAAACCCACCUGACGUAGAUUAAAUGAAACCCAUAGAAAAGGAGGGGCUGGGCUGUACCCCUGGAUCACAGCCAGAUGUGCUGCUAUUACCUUGAUAGAUGGAUUACAUCGACCUUGCUGAACCCUGAACUUCUUAAAGUGAAUUUUUGCUGUUUGUUUCUGCCCACAGGGUGAAGUUUCUGUUUAAGGUAGUGUUACUGAAAUAAUGAUAGUUUACGGUGGCUUAAUUUCUAAUUAGAUUACCCAAUGGAGACUGUUAAGCAUGCCAAAACGUCAAACAAACUUCCAGCGUCAGCUAGAAUCAUAGACAAAACUUUCUUUGCUUUUUCUUCUGUACCAGUCUCUGCUCUUAAAGUAGCUUGCUGGCUCGCUUGCAUAGUUUGUGUUCAUCCAGUUUAAUUGGAGCUGUUUGUGCUUUGGUUCUAGGGGCCUUAGCCUACGGAACGAUCUCAUGGUGUUUUGACCGUCCUCAGGAGUUGGUGUAUCGAUAAUGUUUAGUCCCAAAUCAGGCCAGACAUCAGUUCUGUUCAAAUCUUCUCCACCUUCUGCUUUGAAGGGACUGGUGAAGGUUAUUCAUGUGGGCGCUACAGGGCAGGUUCAUCUGAAAGUGGUUUAAAAAUAUAUAUAUGAGACUGAAUGGGAUGAAAUUAGCAAGAUGUUAGGAAAGGACUCAAAAGUUUUUUUUUUAUGUGUAUAUAUUCUAAUCCCAUUUUUGAUUUUUAUUUUUUUUCUCCUCUUGUCCAAAUGAACUUCCCAGAGAAUUUUACUAUGGAAAUGAAAGACUAAAGCACUACUAGCGUUUGUCAUCCUGUAACACCCUAUUUAUUAAACCAUAUAAAAAGUGACACUAAUUCAGAGUUUUUGUAUUAUUUUAGCUCAUCAUUUUAUCAAUUUUGAGCUUAAAUGGUUAGGAGAAAAUGGCGAAAAAUUGUUGAAAACAAUCAUAUAUACAUAAACUCUAAGCUGUGCAUUUCUUUUCUUUUUUUAAAUAUAUUAACUUAUUUAAAUGCUUUUCACUCUAAUAGUCAAAGAAGUGAAAUCAAUGUGAAAAAAAAAAGAUUGGAUGUGCAAGAAAGAUUAAUGCUGCUGAACCAUGUAUUCAGUCUGACGUUGAAUGGAUUGAAUGGAAAAUAGGCAUAAUAAAAUGUGUGCAUGCAAAUGCAUAAAUGUAUAUAUUUAUAUAUUUUGUCUGAGCAGAAUGUUUGUUGCUGAACAUAUGUUAUGUAAUGUGAGUUGAAUGUAGCCUGAAUCUCUUUGCCUGAAAGACAGUGGCCAUGUUUUUUACAAAACCUUCCCAAGUUCUCCAUACCUGAUCUUUGGAUUGGAUAAUGCACAUGGGCAUGGUUUGAAAGUGCGUGGCAUGUGAAUUUUCGAACAAUAAAGACAUAUGUAACCCA